ACAGUUUGGGACGCGGAGGGAUUCAAACGAACGGCGGCGCGCGUGGUUUGCCGGAGCUGCUACCCGUUUGGAGCUGCUGCCGGUUUGGAGCUGGGUGCUGUGCCCGAGCCUCCCCGACUUUGCCCAUGGAUCCCGUCGGAAAGUUCUGUGGGAAGCUGCGUGACCUGGCCGUGACCUUGGAGAGGGAGACGGCUCAGCUGCAGCGGGCGCUGAACGGAGAAGAUGAGGACUUUGAAGAUUCUCCAAUGAGAAUUUUACAUGACUUGCAUUUGGAAGUGAAGACUCUAAAGGAUGAUGUUAAUAUUCUUCUGGAUAAAAGUCAUUCAGAGAGGCAAGAAAGCAACAGUUUUAUAAAGAACACCAAAUUGCUGAUGGAAAGGAAUAAAAUGGACAUCACAAAAAUAAGAGACUUAUUUCAGAAAUAUGGAUAUAAGCCAAGUGCUAUGGAAGAUCCAGUGAUAAAGGAGAAUGUUGGUGAUGUUAAACAAGAGGAAGCUAACUGCAAAAACUCUCCGAAGUCUGAGACAGAGAAAGAAGAUACAUCUCGUGGUUGUGUUCAAAACAACCGUGUUUCUCACAGCCCUCCACGUAGUCCGCAGCUGUCAGAUUUUGGACUGGAAAAGUAUAUGUUUUCCAGAAAUUGGAAUGUUCAUCCACCAGCAAUGAAUAUUCCUAAGAGAGAGCAAAUAACUGUGCAUACGCCUUUGAAACAGACCUCCCCUAAAGUGUUGAGAACUCCAAAAUGCAACUUAAAGAUGGAUGAGUAUGCAGUGGUAACUCCUAAGCUGGAACACUUUGGUAUUUCAGAACAUACCAUGUGUUUAAAUAAUGAUUACACAAUGGUGCUUAAAAAUGCCCAGAAAAAUAAAAGUUUAUCUAAGAAUAAUACUCAUGAAGUAAAUAUAGAAGCAAAAUUAGGAGGCAGCAACAACAUCCUGAUCCCUCCUGGCUCCGUAAUUGAGCAGUUGAAAGAAAAUUGUGCUAACCAUGCCAAUUACCCUUUGGGACCUGUAUUCUUCACUCCUGGCUUGAAAGUCCCAUGUAGAAACAGCAGUCCAGUUUUAAAUGUCUCUAAACCUGAAGAGCUUGGUCUCUCCACUAAUGACAAAGAAAUACUACUUCAUCCAAACUUUAAAAUGGGUGGAUUAAAAAAAGAAACAAAAGGAAUAAUAAUUUCACCAACAUCAGACUCAAAUAUUUUGCCAAGCCAUUUGGAUUCAGAAGAUUGUACUUCAUUGGUUUCACAAUCUGCCAAGUACUUUGAACAUCAUGGAGAACUCCCUCCUCCCAAGAUUUCUGACAGUGAAAACCUGCUAAGAACGCCUACGCCUCCAGAAGUAACUACAAUUCCGGAUGAUAUCUUCCAGCUGUUAUCAAAGUAUGAUUCAAAAUUAGCCACUCCAAUAGCAUUUAAACCAGGAUCCAGCAAAGCACUUUAUCCCAAAUUUAAAUGAAAGAGGGAUACAACAAAGUAAACUACUGAAAAGAUUGAUAAUUUGUCACAACUACUCUGCUCACCCAGAUUCUAUUAACAAAUUCACGAUAUGAAACGGCACUAAAGAACACAAAGAUGGGGAGAGCAGCUGUAUCCUAAAGACUCACUUCUCUUUACAAGUCAGAAUUAUGUGAGAGUCCUUGAAAAAUCAAAAGAGACCUCGGACACUGAUUGUAAAUAUAAAAGAGGAAGGAUAUAUGCUUACCAACAAUGUUUCCACCAUUCUAGAUGAAGGUCAAAUGGAAGAAGGAUUCCCCAUAGAUGGUGAAGUCCUCCAUAUGUUCCUGUUUCCAUAGGACAUUGCAUUGAUCAUAAAAGAAUUCAUAAAAGUUUUCCCAAAUGGGAAAAAAACAAAUGAUUGAAAAAUAUCUAUUUUCCAGACCACGGGUGGACAGCAUGUAGAGUUGGUUCAUUAUUAUGUAGAACUUGGACAGAACUGUAGAUAGAUAAUGAGCUGGGACUAGAUCUAAAGAGGCAGAGAAUGGACUAGAUUGCUUUAGGAAAAUUUUGUGGUGCUUUUAAUGACCUCAAGAUUCUUGCCAAAACAAAAGUCCAUCAUUUUUAAUGUAAGCAUUUUAUUGUUGAUGCUAUGCAGUUGUAAGUAACAGAAUAACAGUCCGUUGAAGAAGACUUAAAGUUGUCAGCCAACCAAAGGGCAGUGGAGGCACAAGCUGACAUUUCAUACUUUUGUACUCUCCCCAUUGCAUCCCUAAAGUAGUCCUGUGAGGUCUAGAUUCUGUUAUUGGGCCUCUUACAAACGAGGAACCUGAGGCUCAUGAGAGGUAGAGUAACAAGCUCAGGUGGUGAGCAUUCAGGGUGAGAUUUAAUCUAAGUCUUCCUGAUUGUAGACCCAGUGCUCUAUCUGCUUUGUCACAGUGCCUCUCUAAUGAAGAAUUGAAGAAGAAAAAGUAUAAAGGCUGACAGGGCCAUUGAACAGAAAAGGAGCUGGGCUGAUCAUGAUAUGAGAGAUCAAUAAUUCAUCGGUAUCCACACAAUGUCUAGAGAUAGCUAGGUAGAAAGAAUUUAGUAAGUGCUUCCUAUGUGCCAUAAACAAUGUUUAGUUUGUAUGUUUGUAUGCACUUGGCAUACAAAACAAGGAACUAGAUUAUUCUCAAGAAAUCUUCGAGAGAAUGUGAUUAAGAGGGUAUCCGUGGUCGGGGCAUAGCUGUACUGCUAAGGAAAUGGAAUGGGCUGGAGAGUACAUUAAGCUGAGGGUAAAGUGAGCAUGAUUGGGGCCCUUGGUGAAAUGGUGUCACUGCCAUGAGUCCUUCUCUCAUAAUUGGCAAGUACUUGGCCAGGAUCAAGAGGAAGUCUCUAGCAUAUUGGGUAGAUCACCAAGUGGAGAAUUUUCAGAAGGAUCUAAAUAGGAGUUGCACAGUGUGAGAAGACAUUGGUAGUGUUGAAGAAUUGACUCAGUACUUGAGAUUUCUUGCUUAAAUAAAGCAUUUCUUAAAGCUGUAGGGGAGAGAUUCACAUAUUCUUAGUGUUUUGAAGAAGCUUCUUAAACCUAAACAAAGGUCAGUAUUUUUAUGAUCUUUGUAUAGAUGAAAAAGAUAGAUGGACAUAUUUGAGACAUCAUUGAGUUAAUACAGAGUUGAAAGACAAAUGAUAGAUGUAAAAAGUUGAUUUAUUGAGGCAAAGGCACAGUUCCUGAACAGGUUCUGGAAGCAAGUAAUGUUAGCAGGAUAAUUGAUUACAGCAAGCCGAGCAGGUAUUUUCAUUUGUUUUGCCUAGAAACAACAAGCUUCCUCAUGAUAUAGACAGUUUACCAUAAUACUUCAGGUUAGCAACAUCUAACCUACCAAUAUCUCUGUGUAAUAUCAAGAUCUUGUAAUUAAUAGACUUAAAGUCUUGAAGCUAAAUUACUCAUGUUUUGUGCUUCUAGAGCACAAGUACCAUCCUAGAAUUUGGGACUUGCUUCCUGGUCAGUGAGUCUGAUGAGGCAGCCAUCAUCACUUCUGUACUGAUGAUCAUUAUAGAGAUCAAGGACAAUUAGAUAGGCCUGUUUCCUUGGGGAAGAAUUAAGUGGUGGCAGAAAGCUUGGGAGAGGUAGCAAGUUAGGAUAAUGACACAUAAGAGAUGAGAUUCUUCUUGUGACCCACCUUUCAUGCUUACUAAGGACUACCUAGUAUGAAUCAGUUGUGAACAGAUACUUGGGAGGGGGGGAAGGGAGAGUAUCAUUAUGAAACCUAUUAAUGGCAUUGCUAUGCAGUUAAUACUGUGUAACUUUGCCAGGAAAGUCAGGGAUAUAGGUAGAACAUUGUUGUCCUGUUAUAGUGUGGACUUCAUUUUGUUAACUAAUCAGUGGUCUAUCUGAUCUGUGUAGGAUCCUCUAUAUCCAUGUAACAGUCUGUUCCCACAGACAUAGUAUAGUUGGUUUUGCUCCAGGGUGACAAGUGCUCUUCACCAGUAGAUAAUCUAUCCAGCACUGGUCUUAAACAGCCCUCCCAGUCAGCAUUUGGCUUGGCAUCAGUUGGCAGGUGUGAUCAUGGUGAAUCAAAACUGUUGGAGUCAGUGUCCUCCUUGUAGUGUAAUGCAUAGAAAACCUUGGCAAUUUUCUUUUGUAGGUGGUAAAGAGAACUUAGUGUAAGUUCUUAAAGUGAUAGACUUCGGCCAUGAACAGAACUACAAGAUUAGAUGGUAUAGAAGAGAUUCCUCUGGUUCUUUCAGCAAGGAUAGCUUGAGUCAGCAUAUGGAAGGUCACUCCUGCCGAGAAUUGACAUCAGUAUUUUUUCUCAUUCUUUGCCUAGCCACAGUGUUCUUUAUUUCUUGUAGCUGCAGGGGAAAAGACAUUCAUAUCCACAGUGGUGCUUUUCCCUCCUGGCUGAGUAAAACAGAUUGUUUUUAUGAUCUUGGGAAAAUGGGCACCAUAUUGAGUGAUAAAUCAUUUUAAAUCAAUUUGUUCUAAGAGCAGCAGAACACCCUUUCUGUUCCAAGGCUAAACCCACAUAAAAGUUAUCUUUAGUCUACAGGAGAUAAGUCAGUCCAGGGUUUGGGGGAACUAAUCCCACAAUCUUCAUAUUAGAUAAAAUUUAAAAGAAUAGCUUUUAUUGCAAAUAUUCAGAUUUCUCAAUUUGCAGUUUAAAAAUUCAUUAGUAAUGCCAGAGAAACUUCAUUUUGAAAUCCUGUAUAAAUUUAGUUUGGUAUGCCUUGUCAUUUUUGUAUCCUUUCUUUGAUCCCAGAUUGGCCAUAUCUGAGAACAGAAGGAAUCUAUUCAAAUUGGGGAAAUUCCCAUUUUCUUUUAAAAUUGACUCUGUUUUUUAUCCUUUCUCACAUAGGGGUUUAUAUAUACUUUACAGAGAAAGAAGCUAAAUUUUACUCUUUCAUUUGAAAAAAUGAUAGGAAAAUAGUUAACUUUCUGGACUCAUUCUAGUUUUCCUUUGGGCAGGCUCUCAGUUUUUCUCUUUGCCACACCACAGAAAUAUAACUUUUAUGUUAAUUUUUAUUUCAUUUUUGCAGUUUUAUUUUUCAAGGGACUUUUUUUUUUGCCUUUUCCUCCCCUGGAAUCAUCCAGUGCUUAAAAAUACACUUUUCUGAAGCUGACAAACCCUAGAACAAUAGAGGACAUACAAACAGUAAGCCCAAAUUCCUUCAGGAGAGGCAAGGCUACCUCACAGGGGUACGUUAGAGCACCACUAUCCCUUCUCUUCCCCCCCCCUUUUGUGCCAGAUCAUACUCAUAUAAUACUUAAGUCAGUGGCUAAAGUAGAAAAGACCAGCAGCUAGAGACUUGACAGAUAGGGACAGCCAAUCACUAGGACCUGGGGGGAAAAAAAACCCACAACUGCUGUAAAGAAUUAGAAACGAGACAAAACAGCCAGCAACCAGGACUUUGGGGAGCAAAUGAUUUAGAUCAUCAGAACAGCAGACAUCACAGCCUUGUCUAGAAGAACUCUGCAACAAAAACAGAGGAAUCGACCUCAAGCGAUACCAGAUGUUGGCUGCCCAAAUCUUCAGUAGUAAUAACAAGAAGGCACGAUCCUUUCAAACCAUACAUUUAACAUGUCAGGUACUGACACCAGAAGCUUAAACCCAAAAGGACCAGCCUUGAACACUUUGUCAAACCCCAUGACAAAGAUUUUUCCUACCCGUAGGCCUUUGUAGUAGUGUCAAAAUCUCCUGGAAGCACAACAAAAGAAAAAACAUAGAAACUUGAUUCCAUAUACUUUCAUUAGGGCCAUAAAAUAAUUCAAGAUAGUGUCAUCAAUCAGUUGUCAACAUAUAAUUGAUUCCCCGUUAAAAUUUAUGUGGAGUAAAUCCAGUUCAGCUGUUGGUGGUAGACCUCUUGAUGGGGUGUGCUUUCUUUUUUAUUACAGGUAAAUAGGGUGGCUCAUAUCGUUGAGCCAACAGGGAAAAUUUUGGAGCAAAUCAGUCUUUACUAUUCAGUCUCACUUUUGCUUAUGCCCACCACGUCAUGGUGAAAAUGAGCAAGGUAUGGGAGUAAAUCUUUGAGUGCAGUUGUACACCAUGGAUCUGAAGUCAAUCUUAAGGUCUUAGAGAUGGGAAACCCAUUCAAAGGGAAGAAGCAAAAUAAUAAAGGAAUGGGUCAGGAGGAUCCUGGCCCUGCCUUUGUUGGACUGUCAUCCUGACCUUCCUAGCAGUCUGUCGUCACCUGUGACUCAUAUGGAUGUGCCAUUCCAGAACCCUUGGUGGCAUUUGACAUUUUUUCCUAGCAUGGUAAGUUGCUGUUUUGUCAACAUGAACACUUCUACCAGGAUAAAAGUAAUCAUAGACCAGUAAAUAGCCCCAAGAGAUUGUGCUUUACACAGCAGUACCAUUCCUUUCCCUUAAAGCAAGAUGAGAUUUGUUACUAUUAGUGCUGGUGUAUAUUGGGAUUUAUUUACAACUCUAACAUAAUUUUUGAAAAACGUAAGGGUUUACUCAGUGGAGUUCUGAUUUACAAGGAGCAAAUCACCAAAUUCGUCAUUUACAGUAUGGUGGUCUAUUUCACAUUUUGAUUACAUUUCCAAAUAUUCCCAGUUUGUGAACUACGUGGUAUUCACAAUAUGCUUACUCAUUAUUCCAGAACAAAGUGACUAUUAAAAUAUUGGAAUGAGUUCAGUAUCAAAUAAACUGAAGUGCUAUAAAGCAUGUAGUGGGGGGAAGAACAUGCAGAUAGCUUUAGACAUUGUGUAUUGACAAACUUAUUUGGAUGUUUUAAGCUUAGAAAAUUCAUUUAGUCUUAAACUCAGUUUUUUAAAUUCAAUGUUCAAAGGAUGACUGAAUGCCCAUUAAAAUAUAUAGGCAUAUUUCUGAUUUGUAUUUAUUUUUGGGCUUAAAAUUCAUGACCUGCCCUCAACCUGUCAGUUAUAAAAAUCUUUCUUGUUCUUCCUCUGCUGUUAGUGAAUCAGAAAUUAAAGACUAGUUUGGGCUUGUUAUUAGUUAAUGCCUGCUACACAGUUAAUUACAUUAAAAAAAAUUUUUGUCUUCUGUG